UGUUCGUUCAUCCCCGAGGGUUUCCAAAAAAUCAAAUCGAAAACCCUAGAAUAGAAGAGAAGAGCAGGCGAGUGGUCGCCCUUCAUCCACCGGUAAUCGAUUGGAUCCCAUGGCCUCCUCCGACGAUGAAGAGUUGGCUGAUGAGUUGACCUACUACAAACAUCCCCAAUGCAAAAGCUGCCGGGAACUUGACAAGAAGGAGAUGAGAGAAGAGUACGACGACGAGGACUACGUUUUUAGGGACGACAAUUUCGGUGGCGAUAAGAUCCUAAAGCUACAUGUCAUCUUCUACAGGAGGAGGUUAUUCGAGGAGGGUCGUUUUUAUUUUGGUUGCCAUCCAAAUUAUUUCAACCUGGAGUCACUACCAUACCCUCGAGAGCAUUUCAAUUUCCAGCCAGGCUUCGAUUCCAUAGUUGAAGAAUGCGCCGACUUCGCGGUCUAUGCAUAUAAUGAGGAGCGGGAUGGCACGAUGGAGCUUUGUGGGAUUGAGGAUGCCUCUGUUGGAGGUAGUGUUGGUAUCAAGAUAUUCUAUAUGAUCAUUCGCUGCCGCAAUGGUGAUUGCGCCGGUGGUGACGACGAUGGUAGCUCCGGCGGCGGUGGUAAACGGAAAAGGAGCUCUAAAGAGAAGAGUUACAGAGUGGUGCUUUCCUGUCGGUGGUGGAGUAGGGAUCUGAAAAAGAUUCUGGUCUUCAGGGACUCUAAUGGGGCAAGUAAGUGACUACGUA